AUGGAUUUCGAGAUAGCGUACAAUGUGAUCCUAGGCUGCCUAAUGCUGGAUAAAUUCAUGGCUAUUGUGCACUACGUGUACCAGGCACUCAAGAUCCUAGGUCCUAAAGGGGUCAUAACUGUCAAAGCAGAUCAACGAGCAGCAGUCAAGUGCGACAAGCAGAGCUUAGAUAUGGUCGAACACUUCAGUCGAUCAUCAAUUACUUCAAAAGGUGCGGAGUCCAAGUGCCAGAAGCAUCAAGAUGCCAGUGACUCCAAGCUCAUAAGCCUUGCUGACACAUCCCAGUUUGACGAUGCCACAAAGGAAGAGACCAACAAUGGCGCCAAGGACAAAAGAACUAACGGUGGUGUCAAGGCAAUGCCCCUCGAUCCGUCUGAACCAGCCAAGACGGUCAAGGUUAGGGCCGGUCUGGAUCCUAAAUAG